AUGGCAAGGGCGAGAGAGAGGCAUAGUGGGCCACGGCUCAACACACGUUUCAUGGCCUCCAGACUGCAAAAACUUCAAGCUUGUUCAAUGAGAAGAAAAUUACGGGAGCUGUCUGAGAUUGCUGAGCAGGCUAAGAGACGGGCUGAAGUUGCAAGGUACAUACAUGACCAAACG